CUCUCCAUUAAACAAAAACAAACCACAACCAUGUCCAGCUCCGGAAAGGACUUCAGCUACAAGGGCUCCGGCACCAACAGCCAGGGAAACCACUGGUGCUCCCGCGACUACGGAUCCGGUAGCUCUAACUCGAACUCCUACCACUACUCGAACAGCAACGGAUCUUACUACUACUCUAACCCCAAUGGAAGCACCUACUACAACAACGGAAGUGGUGGUUCGACCUACACUCCUCCCAGCGGAAACGGUGGCUCGACCGGAAAGAAAUAAGUGCGAAGCUUAGAGCCUUGGAACGCUGAGGAGGAUCACGUUGAGGCUGAGUGGGAGUAGCUUAGGGUGAUAUCUCCUGUAGCUGUACCAGUUAUUGUUGGGA